AUGUGCCGUUGCGGUGCCAUUGGCCAGCAGCUUCUGCUGCUUUCUUUGGUGGUAGCUGCUCCGCUAUGCUGCGGCUGCGAUCAUGAGAUGGUGCUUGUGGGUGGCUACGGCAAGUGCGGCACAUCUCAUCUGAACAGCAUCCUUGCUUCACAUCCUCGUAUUGUAUCCUUGACAAAAGAUGGAGUGGCCCAGAUGCCAUGGCUGGAAUGGUCAGAGAUGUUGCUGCAUCUUCGCCGCGUAGCUUGCUCAGCUCACGGACAAAAAAAAGCAAUGUUGCUCGAAACGAAGAAGUUCUUGCUUGCCGGUGAAGUGAGGUCAGAGGCUGUGCUUGUGCACACUGCGAAAAUACCGCAGCAGCCUUCGUUUCAGGUUCUUGGUAGACAGGUGAAGGUCAUCAAGCUGUUGCGGGAUUGGCUGUGGGCAGCUUACAACUAUUUCAGCACUGAGGCAGAUGCCAGCCAUCCCGGAUCUCACACAGAGAUGGAGUUUCACUACCGCAGCCCCGAGCAUUUCCACGAGAUCGUUCUAUCCGGUGGGAAGCUGCGGGGCUUGAACAAGUAUGUUGAAACCUCUGCUGGAGACUUACGGUCUCUAGCAGAGCAGCUCGGUCCUCGUUUCCUUGUGAUGAAGUCGGAGGACCUCUCUAAGUGGUCAUUCUUAGCCAAGCUCGCCGCCUUUGUCAACGUGCCUGUGAGUGGCUUCGAUGCUCAACUCGCGACAAUGAGAACAAACUCGCAGUUUCGGGCCGAGCUGAGGGGUGGAACCACUGUCAGCAACGUCACGGAGACACACGGGUUGUACGAAAUCUCUGGCUUCAGGCCCAUGCAGUGCGUGUCACGAAAAUUGCUUUACACGCGGUAUCGAGAAGUGUGCCAAGCCUGGCAGACGGACUUCAACCUGACCUAUAAGGCGUGUCUCAGCGAUGCUCUGGAGUGCCCAGGAGAAGGAGAAGGAAAGCGGCCUGCGCUCUUCCUCAGCGGCCUGGUCACAGGUCCUGCGCAGCAGCAUCUGUAG